AUGGACCCCGAAUAUUUACCGAAGUCAGCACCGUCCUCACCAGGAUCUGAUCGUGCCGGGGACACGGACAGGUGUUCUUGCGGGAAGUGCAAACCGAUGGAUACCACGGACGAAUGUUUGUGCUGCCGGGAGGUAGAGAACGUCUGUAAAAAGCAGACGGUCAACUGCAUUACAGACAAUGAAUAUUUCGAGAUACUCUGCGUCGACACCGACGUUCGGCGAGUGUCUUUUACAUACAUCCGAGAAACCGAAGAGUAUGACAACAUACGUGACAGCGCCGUGAACAAGAAAUUCCGUUAUAUCGCCUAUCGGCAAUUCACAAGGUGGAUAUGGGGUGGUCUGGGAAAGCACCAUAGGAAGAUCCUUCCUGCCUGCGUCGUGCAUGCCAUUAGGAAUGCGUUUCCAUCAGAUGUGUAUAAGGGCUUUGAAUCUGCACACUACUUGUAAAAAUGUAUUGAUGCCUGCAAAUUUUCAUUUCUUGCUUGCUGCGAAUUUUUCUCAUCGCUUUUUCUUUUCAGAUGGUCACACAAUAUUGUAAUUACUAUGUUUGUGCAUGGACGCCU